AUAAUUCGUUCAAACCCAAGGAGAAGUAGCGAGUGAAAUUCUGUGAUCGGUAUUAUUAUAACCUUUAGCUCCGUCAAGCUUUCCCAGAAAAGAAAAACAAUGUCUUGCUGUGGAGGAAACUGUGGCUGUGGCACUGCUUGCAAGUGCGGCAGCGGCUGUGGAGGAUGUAAGAUGUACCCUGACUUGAGCUACUCAGAGAAGACCACGACAGAGACCUUUAUCACCGGCGUAGCUCCCGAGAAGCCACACUUUGAGGGAUCUGAGAUGGAAGUGGGAGCGGAGAAUGGAGGCUGCAAGUGCGGAGACAACUGCACCUGCAAUCCAUGCACUUGUAAAUGAGAGGAGGCAGAAUUGACCCUUUGAAGCAGAGAGAUAUAUAUAUAUAUAUAUAAUAUAUAAAGAGAGCCUUCUCCAUUGAAGAUCUAGAACUAAGAAGAACAAUAAUAUAAAAUAGUAGCUUAUGUUACUAAUUAUAAGCCGUGGUUAUGUUUUAACAUAUGGCGUUUUUGCCUAGAAAUAAAGUAGUCAUGGCGUUGUCCUUUGAGUGGAUCCUUUUGUGGAUUAGGAUUUUGCCGAGGGAAAUUUGAUAGUCUUGGCUGCUUGGUGUCUGCUUUUCUUGUGCAAAAUUAGUGUCUAAUAUAUAUAUAUAUAUAUAUAUAUGAAUAGAUGAGUCUCUGCUGUGUGUGUGUAGUUUUUUAUUAUGUAUGUAUGUAUGAAGAGGACGAGUUUUUGAAGAAUGAAUGAAAGUUUUCUUCUUCCUGGUUCUUUUAA